AUGGAGCACCAGGGACACGGCACCGGCGAGAAGAAGGGCAUCAUGGAGAACAUCAAGGAGAAGCUCCCCGGUGGCCAAGGUGACCACCAGCAGACCGCUGGCACCCACGGGCAGCAUGGACACACUGGAAUGACAGGCACGGAGAUGCAUGACACCACGGCCACCGGCGGCACCCAUGGGCAGCAGGGAAACACCAGCACGGGGACACAUGCCGCGCCGGCCACCGAUGGUGCCUAUGGGCAGCAUGGACACACCGGGGCCACCGGCACGGGGAUGGAUGGCGCCGACAUAGGCGAGAAGAAGGGCGUCAUGGAGAACAUCAAUGACAAGCUCUCUGGUGGCCACGGGGACCACCAGCAGACUGGUGGCACCUACGAGCAGCAGGGACACACCGAUGCGGCGACGCAUGGCGCCUUAGCCACUGGCGGCACCAAUGUGCAGCAAGGAAACACCGGUACGGGGACACAUGGCGCCCCGGCCACCGAUGGUGCCUACGGGCAGCACAAACACACCGGAGCCACUGGCACGAGGAUGCAUGACACCGACACCAGCGAGAAGAAGGGCGUCAUGGAGAACAUCAACGACAAGCUGCCUAGUGGAGACGAAGACCACCAGCACACCGGUGGCACUUACGGUCAGCAGGGACAAACCGGCGCGGUGAUGCAUGGCCAGCAGGGACACACCGAAAUGACCGGCUGGGGGACACACGGCAACACUGAGAAAAAGGGCGUCAUGGACGACAUCAAGCCCAAGCUCCCCGGUGGCCACGAUGAUCGCCAGCAGACCGGCGACACCUAUGAACAGCAGCGACACACCGACACUGCAACACAUGGCACCCUUGCCACCGGUGACACCUAUGGGCAGCAGGGACACACCGACACGGGGACAUAUGGCACCGGCGAGAAGAAGGGCGCCAUGGGUAACAUCAAGGAGAAGCUCCCUGGUGGCCAUGGUGACCACCAACAGACUGGUGGCACCUACAGGAGCCAGGAAGACACCGAAAUGACUGGAAUGGGGAUGCAUAGCACCACAGCCACAGACGACACAGAUGGUCAGCAGGGACACACCCGAAUGACCGGCACAGUGGUACACGACACCGACGAGAGGAAGGGUGUCAUGGAGAACUUCAAGGAGAAGCUCCCCGACGGCCAUGACGACCACCAGCAGACUGCUCGCACCGACGGGCACCACGCCGGCACGGGGACGCAUGACACCCCGGCCACCGACGGCACCUAUGGGCAGCACGGACACACUAGAGUGACUGACACAGAGGCGUACAGCACAGGCGGCACAGGCGAGAAGAAGGGCAUCAUGAAGAACACCAAGGAGAAGCUCCCCGGUGGCCACAAUGACCGCCAGCAGACCGGUGACACCUUUGGGCAGCAAGGACACGGCGACACAUGGCACCCCGUCCACUGGCGGCACCUACGGGCAGCACGAACACACCGGAGUGACCGAUAA